GGCGCCCUUUUGUCCGCCGCAAAUGGCGGGUCGCGCGUCAUGUCAUCAUCGACCCGGCCGAGGCCAUCGCGAGCCUCACAUCAAUUGGCCCCCUUCGGCCCAGCGUCGUUUCUCCGACACGCGCUUUACACCUCGCCUCCGAGGCUGCCCGAGACCAACUAACUUGGAUAGCAGGGCCCCGGUGAUUAUGAUAUACUUACACCAGCCGUCGACCCUGCGUCGGCCAGCAUCUCGCGCAGUCCUCACAUAUUCCCAACCAUGAUGGCUGAAGGCCUCGCCAACACCCCCCCACCACGGCCCUCGUCGCCUGCUCCAGUAUCCCUCAAGCGCAAACGCGCCGUCUCGGACACACAGCCACUGACCCCGCCAUUGGCUGCACAGGACGCAAACGGAGCGCGUCUUCUUGCUCGCGCCGUCGACGUCCUCUCCACCGCUGCCACUGCCCUGUCACAAGUCACCUUUUUAUAUCAGUCUGACCACAUAGCCCGCCAUGGCCUACUCCAGGCUGUCGACGUCAUUACCACCAACAGUGACGCCGGAGGCAAGCUCAUAGUGUGCGGUGUGGGCAAAAGCGGGCUUGUAGGCCGCAAGAUUGUCGCCACGAUGAAAAGCCUGGGCAUUGCGAGUUCCUUUCUGCAUGCUGCUGAGGCUCUGCAUGGCGAUCUCGGCGACAUCAGGAAGAAUGACGCCGUCAUGUUCAUAUCCUACUCUGGCAAGACAGCAGAGCUCAUGGCUGUCCUGGACCAUAUCCCCUCUAACACACCCAUCCUUGCCAUUACAUCACACACCAAACCUUCGGAAUGCCCCAUUCUCCAGAGUCGGCCACGCUCCAUACUGCUACCCGCGCCUAUACACGAGUUGGAAGAGGUGUCGUUUGGAGUUUGCGCACCGACUACGAGCACAACAGUGACCAUUGCUGUCGGAGAUAUGCUUGCGCUGACUGUUGCUGAGGCGCUGCACCAAGACGAUACCAAGGCCGUUUUCAAGCGGAAUCACCCUGGUGGUGCAAUUGGUGCAAAGUCGAGACGCUUAGAAGAGGGGGUCCAGCAUGUCGAUACCCAAGCUGGAAAUUGUGGCGGACUCGUCACGCCACCAUUAUCCUGACCAUUCUUCGGACGGCUUAAUCAUACCAAUAACCGGUAACGGGCCCCAAAGUGCGUGGGCGCAACGUGAACGAAUACGACUAAUAGCGUGACUCCUUGAUUGGAGCUUCUACAUGAGCAAAUAUCUGGGUGUAUUCCAUCCCUUUAUGCAUGCACAUGUUCACACGCUCCGGGGCGGUUACACCUGGACAAAUGAUUCAACUCAUCCAGGCGCGUGCUCCCGGUUGCGCUCCCGUCUGCGUCGUAUGCAUACCUCGCUGCCUCUUCUUUUACAUAAACUUGGCACAAACCGAUGAACAGUUAUGAACUGAG